AACGCAAACAUGCCUCCAGGCUACUCAUCACAGCAGAAGUCUGCCAUCUCGCAAUUCCAGAACUUCACCCAGGCGGACCGGAACUCGGCUGUGAAGUUCUUGAAGAAUUAUGGUUGGGAUCCUGAGGCUGCGGUUAAUGGAUUCUUCUCCAAUGGCAGCGGUACAGCCAAUAACCCCGGUGUAAAGAGUAGUCUCAGCAAGAUCUUUGACAAAUAUCGGGAAGAUGCCAACUCACCAGAUACCGCGGGCAUGGAGCAGACCAUGAAAUAUCUUGGGGAUAUCGACGUCAGUGUAGAGGGUCUCGACUUCCUCGUCGUUUCAGAGAUCAUCCAGGCUCCUAGCAUGGGCGAGAUGAGCCGUCAGGGUUUCGUGGAUGGGUGGGCAGCUCUCCAGUGUGACACUCUUGAGAAACAGAAACAGUAUAUUCAACAAGUGAAACAAUCACUUCCGUCGAACAAGGCAGCAUUCGCGAAGGUCUAUAGCUAUACCUUCCAGCUUGCCAAGACAGGAAACCAAAAGACGCUCCCCCUUGACCACGCCUGUGCUUACUGGGAGGUCGUCUUUAACUCACCCCUUUCUGCAGUCAGGUGGACGAGCCCAAGCUCACCCUGGUCAGAAUGGUGGGUUGAGUUCCUCACCACUCAAUGGAAGCGCGCCAUCAACAAGGAUCACUGGAACCAAACUCUCAAAUUCGCCCAACUGACCCUGGAGGAUGAGUCUCUCAGUUUCUGGAAUGAGGAGUCAUCAUGGCCAUCUAUUAUUGACGAGUUCGUUGAGUGGGUGAAGAAGGACAAGCGUGGGGGUGGUGAGAAUGGCGACGCAAUGGAAGAGUGAAGAGUGCCCUGAAGUAUCCAGCAGUAGUGCUGCGUGCAAGAAGCCUUCACACGGUAUCACAAGGUUGAUCGUUGUGGCAUCAAAGUGACGACGCAUGUGCAAGUUGAAGGCAAGGAGCCGAGGUGUCCGCACAUCACGUUCUUGAUACGCGGCUGAGG